AUGGACGGAUUAUUCUUCGAUCACAGUCGUCCCAUUAAACAUGUCGACCGAAAAGCCAUCUACACCCGGCUAGAAGCGCGCAUCAACUACCUCCAAGACUUUCUGGACUUCAAUUCGGCUGACAUCGAAGCCCUGACCACCGGCUCCAAGUACAUCAAAGCUCUCAUCCCCGCCGUCGUCAACAUCGUGUACAAGAAACUCCUGGAACAGGAUAUCACGGCCCGGGCCUUCCACACGCGGGACACUGCCGACGAGAGACCUAUCGAGGAGUUCUACAAUGAGGAGAGUCCACAGAUCUUGCGCCGGAAGAUGUUCCUCCGCUGGUAUCUGACCAAGCUCUGCUCCGAUCCCACGCAGACUGAGUUCUGGCGGUAUUUGAAUAAAGUUGGAAUGAUGCACACCGCACAAGAACGCAUGCACCCUCUCAACAUCGAGUACAUCCAUAUGGGCGCCUGUCUCGGUUUCAUCCAAGACAUCUUCACCGAAGCGCUGAUGUCGCACCCGCGUCUCCCGCUGCAGCGCAAGACAGCGCUCGUCCGCGCCAUCGGCAAGAUCAUCUGGAUCCAGAACGACCUCAUCGCCAAGUGGCGGAUCCGCGACGGCGAGGAAUACGCCGAGGAGAUGUCGCAAAUGACGCUAGACGAGCGCGAGGGAUUCAUCGGCGACAAGAAGAUCCUCGGCGACAGCAGCACGUCGGCCAGUUCCAGUGAUGACGAUCGGUCCAGCGUGGCCAGUAACCCCAGUAUAAUAGCGCCUAGUGUAGCGCCGUCCACGGUCUCGGCGUGUCCCUUUGCCGAUAUGGUGGUGAAUUCGUCGGCAGCGUCAACGUCGGAGACGAAGAUCUGGGCUGGGAAAUAA